AAUUAUGACGUCACGUGUAACCACACGUGUGUCAUGGCGGUUACGGUACUCCGGCGGGAGAUUCAUAGAUUUUAAAAUAGCUGUCACAAGUGAGCAUAGCUGAAGGAUUUCAGGCUACGGUUGCGCUUUUGAGUCACAUCCCUGAGCUGCAAAUGGAUUAUGACAUGAUAUUACCUGCCAUAAGCGGGGGUCAGGGAGGGGGGGUGUUUGCCGGAUUUGCUGUCAUAUACUCGAAGAUACGACCUCGGUGGCUUGUACCGGUUAACUGUUGGUUUUGCAAUAAGGACACAAAAGUUGAGUAUCGCCACAGUGAUGGCUGGAUGUGCCCUUCUUGCCAGCAAUAUAAUGGUUUUACAGAGGAAGGUGAUUAUAACAGAGAUAUUCCUGCCCAGUACUGUGAGAGCUUAAACCAGACUUAUCAGCGGAAAGACAGACAAGUGAAGAAUCAACCAAGUUUGGCUCUUGGCAAUGGAUUUUGUCAGACUUGUAAUCUUAAUCAAACAUUAAAAGUACGAGCUUUAGCCGAGUACACGCCAAUUCACCCAGAAGAUUAUGACAAUGAAAUAGAUGAAUACAAGAAAAGACUGGAAAGAACAUAUGCACUGUGCCGUCAGUGUGAAGCUACAUUGCACCAGAUGCUGGGCAAGCAGGACUCAUGGCUGAAACCAAAACUGAUAUCUUGGAGGCUGAAACAAAGUGCUGAAAAUAAGACCCAAUUAUUAACUAAAAAUGUUGCUCUACCCAAGAUACCAUUUUACCUUUGUGUUGCUAGAAUUAUGGCUGCAUUGUUAUCCCUUGGCAUUCUUCUUUCAAAUAUUCACCAUCUUCAGCACCAUUCAGGAGUGCAGAUUGUCUCUCUGGACCUUGGGAUAAAUGGUGAAAUAUAUCUCGCACAGAUUAAUAAAUUUCAGUUACCAUUGGUUAUUCUUGGCCUUAUCAUGGUUCUCUUCGCAAUUUUUGGAGCUGGGAAAGAUAUCCUCCUGGUUUCAGAUGCCAUCACUAGUUUCAUCUGGGUUGGCUUACUAGCUCUGACGUCUUCUAAAAAACUUAUUUCUUCUGAAGAUUACAAUUCCAUGCAGGUUCUAAUAUCGUCAGCUGCAUUAUUAUUAACUGUUUGGACAUUGUUGGUUCCCAGGAGUUUCAACAACCUCAUAAUGACUAAACCACCAUUGAAUAAGUAUGUGGUUCGUAAACAGAGUGUGGGGAGUGAUCUAUCCAGUUCCAGUCAUGAUGAAUCUCGUCGUACAGUUGAUGCUAGUCUCAGUGAUGACCUUAGAGAUCUAACAGCAAUGCCUACUCCUAGUUCUCGAGAUUUAACUUCAACUCCAAUUCCCCCCAAAAAUAAUUUUUCAUCAAUAGAUGCAAACAUUGAUUCUGGACUAGAGAGCCUUAAAAUUAGCACCCCUUACAAAUCUGGACAUAUACAUCCCCCUACCCCGUUUUCACCACGAGCUUUAUUCUCCGACAAACCUGGUUAUAAUCCUAAAAUUAAUGAUACUUAUUGUAUUCAGAGAAAUGUAAAUCCACCAAGGAUUAGUACUAAAAAUAUAACACAGUCAUCUUGGGUUGCUGGAGGCUAUUGGGGUAGUCCUACAAGCCCUCGUGAUCUUGCUGCUCAUGUUGCAGCCAAACCUAUUUCUAUCCACCAAAACCAGGUUCAUGCAUUUCCUCUCUCACGAUCCUCCAGUCAGAGUUCUGGGUACAUAUCUCUUAGUAAUGGACUUGCUCCUUACAGUAGUAGUCAUGGGCCUUUUAGUCUUCCAAAUUCACGUCAUGGGUCUGUCUGUGGUGACUUUGAACGAGGUUCUGUGUUUUCAGAACCUGCUUACAAAUCGUGGGUCCCCUCAGUUAAUAUAAAACCAUCUGACUCUGUAUCGCAGUGCAGUUAUGGCCGUGGACAGGCAAGGAGUGAUGUACAGUCUUUGUAUAGCUGUGCUUCAGUUUUUUCUGGUUCUUCACUACAAAAGACCCCUCCAUCACCUACUGGCAGUACAACCUGUUUGUUUCAAGAUGCCCUGGGGAAUAUUAGUGAGAACUCCAAUUUUUCUCUAAGUAGCAGAAAUUUUGAUAACCAUGAGCGUCAUUCACAAAGUGUCGUGCCAGUUAGUAAUGAAACUAAGCUGUGUUCUUUUGGAAAUCACCGUAGUCCAUGGUUUGCUUUUUUUCUUGGAAUGAGCUUUGCUGCUAAUGGAUUUCUUGUGAUUCUGCUUCUUUCACAUUCGGGUGUAAAUAUUUUUGGAUCUAAAUGAUAUAAAGCUUAAGAUAAAGAAGCAAAAUUUCUGGAGAUCGAUUAUUCUUUUUGAAACAAAGUUGUAGAUAUUUGUAAAUCGUUAGGUUAGUAAAUUUUGUAGAAACUUCAAACAAUGUUGUACAAUAGACAAUUUGGUAUGAUAUUGUAAUUUUUAUUUUUUGCUGAUUUUUUAAAACUAUUAUUCUUAGCUAAAAUAUAAAAUUGUUUUAAAAGUAUGACAAUAAAAAUACUUAAAAUGUUAUCACUAUUUCUCAGUAAUUGUUUAACAUAUGUAUCAAAUCGGUUAUUUUUUUCCUUACAAAUAGUUUAUCCUUAGUAAUGACAAAUCUGUUCUCCCAAUUCUCAUGGGAAUGGUAAAUUUAUUUAAGCAAGCCAUGGAAUAAUUAGUUUUUAGACUAGUUGAAGUUCUAAAAGGUACAAGUAAUUGCUAUGUACUGAGUAACAAUAAUCCUGCAUACAUGAGCCAUGGCUUUUCAUAUCGGGUCAGCCUUUGAGUCAAGCUUUAUAUAUCUUGUAAGAAAAGUUUAUGCAUUGCACAUAGCCCAUAUAGUUACUAAAUUCAAGUGAGUAGACAGGAUUUUAGUUGUGAAGUGCUAGUAUGGUUUGCUGCCUUCAUAGUAACUACCUAUCUGAACAACAUACGAGAUUUACUGUGGUAGGGCUUGUUGCAAGGUGUCUUAGUUUAAAUUUCUAUGAAUUAAAAUUUUGUGCAUCAUCCAUAAUGUAAUACAUGUGUCUGCUACUUAGCACUGGUUUCUAUCAAGUAAAAUUGGAUAGCAAUUUAACAUCAUAGAAGUGAACAUACAAUGUUAUAUUGUAUGUGGAAAGUGACUUGCUUGAUGUAAAAUCUGGAUAACAGUAAUUUUAGGCAAGAUAUUUCAGGCAUUAUUGCUUCACACUUCAUUGCUGUUAUGUACUUCUCAUGAUAUAACCACGCUGGUUUGAUCUAAGUCAGAUGAAAACUUAAUGUCAGUGUGUUGUAGCCUGUAGUGAUGUUUUGAUAUUUUGAAUUCUUCGCAGCAGAUUGGCUUGGCAGGAAAUUUUUUUUUAGAAAAUUGGUUUUUUGUAUGGACUACUAUUGAUUGGGUGUCAAUUUCAUCAUCAUAGGAUUUUCACAUCAAUUAUUUUUGCCAAAUUUUCACAUCAAUUACUUUUGCCAUUGUUGAUAUAGGAUGUGACAGAUGACUGUAAAGUAUUUUAUUGGUUUCAGACUCCAUAAUAGUUGUGUAAAUUUUGUGCCAGUUACAAUGGACUUUGAAAAACUGAUUGACAAAAUGUAUCUCAAGUGUUGUUAUUGCCCCAUAGAAAUUAUACAACUUUAGCAUUAUCUGAACUGUAGCUUCCAUGUAACAUAGGUUAAUUCAGUGGCCUUGGCUCAGUCAUUUUUUAAUUAAUACAAUAGAACCUUGUCUUUCAUUUAUUAAUUGCCAAUGGGUUUUAACUGAAGCCAGGAAUUUACUUUUUCUGUAUUUGUCUUGUACCUGUAAUCAUUGUUACAAUGUACCUGUAAUCAUUGUUACAAAGUUGGUUUCAGGCAAAUGUAAUUAUAAUUAUACUCUUGUUACUUUUGAGGAAAAGCCAUUAAUUUUUCAAAUCUUCAUUCAAGUAAGGGACCAAAAUAAUGUACUUAAGUUCAUAGGGAAUAUUAGUAGUUUUUUCUUUUUUAGAGAGAAAGGGGAUUGCUAGUCGACAUAAAUGCAUUUGUUUUUUAAGGAUAGCAAGUUCUCUAGAUUUAAAUGUAGUGUAAAUGGAUUAGAUCAGUUUUUGUUGGUGUGCAUUUUUAAUUUAUUUGUCCAACUCUUGCUGAGGUUGGAGUGUUCCUAAUUUUUUGUACAUAAUGGGCUCAGCUAUUUCACUGCCAGUGUAGUUUUUUUCUGUUAUUCAGGUUUGUUAAACAAGAUAUCUUUUUAUAAAGAUUUUUCAUGUCUCAUAGUAUUCUUUUGCAUUUUCCUUCAACUGUAAUGUUUGUUUCAUUGUUAUAUGUAUGAAAUAGGUUUUAUUGUGUGUGUAAUGUUCUCAAGUAAAAUGGAAGAACUCUAUGUAAAAAAUUUUUUACCUUUUGAUUACCAGAAUUACUAGUGCCCUAAUAGACAUUUCUCCUCCAAAUUUUAAAGAAUUGGCUUGAAAAUAAGCAAUUUUAUAUAACAGUGUUAUAAUAAAUCAUUUAAACAUU